AUGGGAAGUCUUGAGGGUCUUGACAUGGUGCGGGACAUAAGCCCUGCCCUGGAGGCCACAGAGGACUUCAUUAACUGCAAAGAUGAGAUUCCAAGCCAAUACCAGAACCAGGAUCACACUGGGGACCACCUGACUUCAAUGCAGCCUGAGAAUCUCCAAGAUAUAUCCAAUAAAGCUCCAGGUAAACUAGGCUCCACUGGUGUGUGGGGUGUGUUGGUCAGCGAGCAGUCUGAAGUGGGGCCCUUUGCUCUGGCCUGGGCUAACCACCAGCCACCCUCAGCUUUCAGCAUCUUUGGCCUGGGCAUUGGCUUAAGACAUGGUAAAAGAAGUCGUGCAUGCUCAACCAAUGACCUGGUGGCCCAUAUUAAGGACUGUAGUAUUAAUACUUCCACAUCCAACUCAGCCUACAAGAAGGGACACAACCGAUCUAGAUCGGAUGUCAAUUACCGGCCAUCAGCUUACACUGACAAUGGACUGCCAACUGUGGACUUCAGCCCACGAAAGAAGAUGGCCCUCAACCAGCAGAGAGUGGCUGAUAAAGGCAGUUGCAGUGGCAAUGUGGUCAAGCAAGGUGAGAUGGAGCAGCGUGAGGGACCACGGCGACGCUGGGCACCCUGUCAUGUUGAGCUGACUCCAUACGAGCUCCGCCUUUAUACAUUGGACAACAGUGCCAACCUUCAGCUUGGCACUGCCUUCUCCCUAUCACAUUGUCAGAAUGUCAUCUCACCUGCACCUAAUACCCAAUCCAGCCAAGCCACACAGUCCCAGCCCACAGACCAACGAACGUUACAGGCCUUGUUUUUUAACAGUACCCGUGUACAAUUGAGGGCUGCAAACCAGAGGGAAGCCAUUGAAUGGAAACAACUGAUGUUGGAAAGAGUGCUAGCUGCCAGGCCUUCAGGGCAGCAGCAGCUGAAUACACAGGUAACCAAGUUUCCUAAACCCAUAUCCUCCUCUUCAUCCCCCUCUACUUCCGGGCUUGGGACCAGACUGGACAAUGACAGUGACACUCCUAUGACGGCAGAUGUAGUAACCUCUUUCUUUUUACCCCCUAAUGUCUUGGCCAGGCCCACAACCCUGCCCUUGUUUACCAAGCAUGACCAAAAUGUUUUAAAAGCUGGCUUGCUCCAAAAGCUGAUGGACCAGAAUAACUGGCAGGCUUUUACCUUUGUACUGACCCAAUCUGCCCUCCAGGCUUUUCCUACUGAGGGCCGUGGGUCUGUCGCCGAACCUGUUCUCCAGUACACCCUUAUUUCUUGUUUAACAGUCCAGCAGGACCAUGACCCUGAGAACAAAGAACUACAGACCCAUGGGUCUGCUGAUAUUGGGGACAGCUUCCAGGCUGUUUUCCCCAAAGAGGUACUUCAGUUGCGGGCGGAAAGUAAACUCAAGGCCAAGGACUGGGUGGAUGCCCUAAAGAAGGCAAUAGAGGCCCUGAAGCCGACCCAGGAAGAGGUAGCAGAAUAUGAGAAGAGACCUCUAGGCACCCAGGAAAUGCUGCUGAGAUUGAGGCAGUCCAGGGAGAGAGGAGAGAAGGAGGCCCAGAAAGCUAAGCGCCAGUCAGUCACCACCAGUUUCCUUAGUAUCCUCACUUGUUUUGCUGUGGAAAAGGGGCUCACAGCCCAGAGCUUCAGGUGUGCAGGCUGUCAGCGUCCGGUGGGCUUGUUAUGGGGCAAGGCGAAGGUCUGCUGCUACAGUGGUUGGUACUAUUGCCAGAGCUGUCACCAAGACAACACUUUCCUGAUCCCGGCACGGCUGAUACACAACUGGGACACCAGCAAACACAAGGUGUCAAAGCAAGCUAAGGAAUUCCUGGAGUUUGUGUAUGAAGAGCCACUACUGGACGUGCAGCAGCUUAACCCUAGUCUAUAUACACACUGUGAGCCGCUUAGUGCAGUGCUGUGUCUUCGUCAGCAGCUCCAGUCAUUGCGAGCAUACCUGUUCAGCUGUCGAGCUACUGUGGCUGAGGAGCUCAGGCGAAGGAUCUUACCCAGGGAAUAUUUGCUGCAGCACAUCCACCUGUACUCCAUGGCUGACCUCCAGCAGGUUAUUGAUGGGAAGCUUGCUCCUUUCCUGUCCAAAGUGAUCAAGUUUGCCAGCUCACAUGUUUUCAGCUGUAGCUUGUGUCGAGAGAAAGGCUUCUUCUGUGAGCUCUGCAGAAAUGGACAGGUCAUCUACCCCUUUCAGGAGAGCGCCACCAAGAGAUGUGAAGUCUGCGGGGCAGUGUUCCAUGCUGAGUGUCGUCAGAAAGCUCAACCAUGUCCGCGCUGUGUUCGUCGGGAGCUGCAAAACAAGAGGCCCUCUUACAUCUGUUCCCCUGAUGAGAACAGCCUUGGCUGUAACCACCUCCCCUACCAAGACAUCUGAGAUAUGAACACAUAGGUGUACAAAUAAACACAUUUACCUACACAAAGAAAGAGAUGCGCACACACUUGAGCACACAAGGCAUCUGCUGACAGUAAAGUUUGGUAAUACAUGUUUUUCUGUCUUC